AUGGCUCCUGGGAGCUUUGCCUCCAGCGACAUCUCGACGUCCUCAGUGUCCUCAGCCCCCUUGCCCUCCACAGUGGGGCCUUCCGGGCUGUCUGGGUCUGAAGAGCCAGGCCCGAGUCGCAGCGCCAUCCGAGGGCCUCGCCGCCACCCGCCUGUGCUACGCAUGGUCCUGGAGGCACUGCAGGCAGGAGAGCAGCGCCGGGGCACCUCUGUGGCUGCCAUCAAGCUUUACAUCCUGCAGAAGUACCCUACGGCGGACAGCCUCCGGUUCAAGCACCUGCUGAAGCAGGCCCUGGCCACAGGCGUGCACCGCGGUCUGCUCAUUAGGCCCACCAACUCCAAGGCCAGGGGCGCCACUGGCAGCUUCAAAUUGGUUCCCAAGCAUAAAAGGAAGGUCCAACCCAGGAAGACAUCCACCAAGACCGCCCCCAGGAAACCCAGUGAGACCAAGGAGAAGGUCCCUAAGAAACCAAGAGAGGCAAAGAAGGACCCUUCUAACCCAGCUGAGGUGAAAAGGGGACCAAAGAAGCCUCGAGAGGCAAGGAUGGCUCCUCCCAAACCAGGUACAGCCAAAGAGAAGGCUCCCAAGAAAGGCGGCCAGACCAAAGACCAAGAGGCAAGAGUGAGUGAGGCCAGAAAGGCCUCUCAACAGCCAGACAAGGCCCCAUGGGCUCCUCCCAGUGCCACUGGGCUCAGUGAGAAGUCAAAGGUCAAAGGCAGAAGGAAGAGCCAAGGUAGGUCUAAGGCCACCAGGAAGACAAAAGCUGGGGGUCAGAGUGUAAAAUCCACGGUCCCUAAGGGCAAGAAUGGUGCUGCUUCUCCAGCCAAAAAGAAGGAAAACCACAUCCCUAAAGAGGUCAUUGCCCAUGUGGCCAAGGAGGGGCCCAAAGCCAAGGCCUCUGCUCGUCCCAGGGGUGGCGGGUCUAAGAUGGUACCUGAACCCCUGGCCAGGAAGAUAGAGGCCCCCAAGGGCCCGAGGAGGCCGGGCAUGCCCACCAAGUCCUCAUCAUCCAAACUGGCCAGUAGGAAGGUGGAGGCUGAAAGCUAGAGCUGGGGUGGAGACACGGAAAUCCUACCUGAGUUUUUAUUCCCCCAAAAACUGUCACUCUAUUUAUUUCAUUGUAACCUAUUUAUCAAUAAAGACUUUUU